CAGGCACCAUGAGGGCGCCAGUUGUCUUCCUCUUCCUGUUGCUGCUGCUUGCGGCUCUCCCCUUGUCGUUCUCUUCACCUUCUGCUGCGCCGGCUGGCAUCAGAGCGCUUCUGCAGAGAUUGAGGAACAAGAUGCAUUCUUCCGAGGUGCAGGUAGCGGCUGCCCGAUCCCUCCUCCUGCGGUUGCUCCCCACCCACAAUUCCAGUUUCCUCUUCGAGAUCAUCCCAGAGGGUAUUUGUGGGCAGUACAGUUGCUUCCAUAUAAGUAAUGUCGAUGGCGCGAACACUGAUCGAGCCGAGAUAUUGAUUCGAGGUACCACAGCAGUAGAGAUCUCGUCAGGUCUUCAUUGGUAUCUGAAGUAUUGGUGUGCUGCUCAUAUUUCGUGGGACAAGUCCGGCGGUGCUCAGUUAGGUUCAGUUCCUCAACCAGGGUCACUGCCUCGUGUUGCUGGCGAAGGGGUGAAGAUUGAACGGCCUGUUCCCUGGAACUACUACCAAAAUGUCGUUACUUCUAGUUAUUCCUACGUGUGGUGGGAUUGGCAAAGAUGGGAAAAGGAGAUAGACUGGAUGGCACUCCAAGGAAUCAACUUACCUUUAGCAUUUACAGGGCAAGAGGCUAUAUGGAAGAAGGUCUUUCAGGAUUUUAAUGUUACUGGUGAACAUUUGAAUGAUUUCUUUGGUGGACCAGCCUUCCUUGCUUGGGCUCGAAUGGGAAAUUUACAUGGAUGGGGUGGGCCACUAUCUGAAAAUUGGUUAAAUCAACAAUUAGUCUUGCAGAAGUGCAUUCUAUCUCGCAUGCUUGAACUUGGAAUGACACCUGUGUUACCAUCGUUCUCUGGGAAUGUUCCAGCUGUUUUUAGGAAGAUAUUCCCUUAUGCAAGAAUUACCAGACUGGGUGAUUGGAACACUGUUGAUGGUAAUCCUCAAUGGUGUUGUACAUAUCUACUUGAUCCUAAAGAUCCACUAUUUGUUGACGUAGGAGAGGCAUUUAUCAAGCAACAAAUUAAAGAAUACGGGGACAUAACUGACAUCUAUAACUGUGAUACAUUUAAUGAAAAUUCACCACCUACAAAUGAUCCAACCUAUAUCUCAUUGCUUGGAGCUGCUGUUUACAAGGCCAUGUCUAAAGGAGAUAAAGAUGCUGUAUGGUUAAUGCAGGGUUGGUUAUUCUACUCAGAUGCAGCAUUCUGGAAACCACCUCAAAUGAAAGCACUUCUUCAUUCUGUUCCUAUUGGAAAGAUGAUAGUUCUCGACUUGUUUGCUGAAGUCAAACCGAUAUGGAUACAAUCUUCUCAAUUCUAUGGGGUUCCAUAUGUCUGGUGCAUGCUGCAUAACUUUGGUGGAAAUUUGGAAAUGUAUGGUGUAUUAGACACAAUUUCAUCUGGGCCAAAUGAUGCUCGACUCAGCGAAAACUCCACAAUGGUUGGGGUUGGCAUGUGCAUGGAAGGAAUAGAGCAUAAUCCUGUUGUGUAUGAACUUAUGUCUGAGAUGGCAUUUAGGAGUCAAAAUGUUGAUGUGAAGGACUGGUUGAAGAGCUAUUCUUAUCGACGGUAUGGUCAAGCAUUCCCCCCGAUAGAGGCCGCAUGGACUAUUCUUUAUCAGACAAUUUACAAUUGCACAGAUGGAAUAGCAGAUCAUAACCGAGACUACAUAGUUGAAUUCCCAGAUUUGGGGCCCAGUCUAGAUGGCUCCUUGUCUUUUGAUGUAGUGCCGUCAACAAGAAGAUACCCUAUGGUGGAUAAACAAUAUAGGUUUUCCUUUAGGGAGACACAAAGUAAUUUACCACAACCACAUUUGUGGUAUUCAACUAAAGAAGUGAUUAGUGCUCUUAAGCUAUUUCUUGAUGCAGGAGAAUAUCUUACAAAAAGUGCUACAUAUAGAUAUGACCUCGUUGAUCUGACAAGACAAGUUCUAUCAAAACUAGCAAAUGAGGUUUAUUUAGAUGUCAGGACCGCAUAUCAAAAAAGAAAUGUGAACGAAUUGAAUUUUCACACCCAAAAGUUUCUGGAGCUCAUCGAGGACAUCGACAAGCUUCUGGCUUCUGAUAAAAAUUUCUUGCUUGGGACAUGGUUAGAAAGUGCAAAAAAUCUAGCUACGACUAGUAAAGAAAAAAUACAGCAUGAAUGGAAUGCCAGAACACAAGUGACAAUGUGGUACGACAACACAAAGACUAAUCAGAGCAAACUUCACGACUACGCCAACAAAUUCUGGAGUGGUCUCCUGAAUAGCUAUUACCUGCCUAGAGCUUCAACUUAUUUCAGUUAUCUACGAAAAAGCUUGCAAGAAAAUAGUGAAUUUCCCUUGGAGCAGUGGAGAGAGGAUUGGAUAUCGUACUCUAACAAUUGGCAAUCUGCCAGGGAAAGUUACUCUACUAAAGCUGUAGGUGAUUCGAUAGUUAUUGCGAAAGCCUUGUUCUACAAGUAUUUUGGCUGAUUUCUCUGCCCAUCUUCCCUCAAUCUGCAGUUGCAAAAUUUGAGAUGCACAAAAAUAAGCGCAUUGUAUUAUUAACUCAUGGCUUGAUUGUCAAAGAUAAUUGUUUCCAUUAGGGAUGUAAAUUGUAAUAGUCUUAAUGAAGAUAUAAUUUUUUUAA